UAUGAAGCGCACACAAACACCUGUAGAAUCUAUAUCUCUGGACAAAUUAAAUGAAGAAAUAAUUGAUGCGACUAUUGACCGUUGUAUCAAGUUUGCCAAUCCAAGAAUAUUGGAAACCGUCAAACAGAGAUGGACACAGGUGUUAAGACAGCGUCUAGAUGCAGUAAACCGAGGGGAGCAGUUUACACAUUCGGAUCAGGUCACCUCCUCGCACUAUAAGAAGCCGGAACAUGCUAUACAACAAACGCCUAAAGUUGAGGAACUAGAGGAUGAAUUCUCGGAAAAUGAAUUCGAGGAUGCAGAAGUGGAGACUUCAAUGUCUCAACAAACAGUAAAUAGCUGUUCAGUGAUCGCAGGGAUAUCAACUGUGACAUCAGAACCGAUUCCAGCUGCUACGGAACCCGAGCAAACUGAUGAUACUACUGAAUGCGAAGAUGAUAUGGAAAUACUAGAUGUUAGCGACCUAGACGAUCAAGAGCCUGAAACUAAGGACAUUGUCAUAGGCAUUAUAGAUAAAAUAUCAAGACCAAGUACGAAAAAGACAACUGCGCCAACAUGGAAAGUCAAACUUAAAUACGGAAUCCUACAGAUCAACGGGGUGGAAAUACCCUUCGACAAUCUGGAAGGUGAAUUUGAAUUCUAACCAGCGCCAUGCACAAUUACUGUACA